CUCUCUCACUACCACAGAAAGAAAGUGAGAGAGAAAGAAGCAUUUCCAAUCAUCUCUCUCCCUUGGCUUUCCCUUUCCCCCCAAUGAAGUUGGAAAGUCCCCUUCUGUUCCUUGAGCACAGAACCAUCCUUGUCACCGGUGCUGCUGGAUUCUUAGCCAAAAUAUUUUUGGAGAAGGUGCUGCGGGUGCAACCCGAUGUGAAGAAGCUCUACCUUCUCAUAAGAGCUGAAGACGACAAGUUGGCGAAACAACGCUUCCAGAAUGAGAUUAUAGGGAAGGAGCUAUUUAGAGUUCUAAAGGAGAAGCUGGGGGCUGCGAGGUUGAACUCAUUGAUCUCCGAGAAGGUGGUAAUGGUGCCAGGGGAUAUCACUUGUGAGGAUUUGGGAGUGAAGGACAAUGAACUAAUUCACCAAAUGUGGAGCCAAGUUGAUGUCAUUGUUAACUUAGCUGCUACCACCAACUUUGAUGAAAGGUACGAUGUCGCACUAGGUGUCAACACAUUAGGAGCCAAGCACGUCGUCGAGUUCGCUAAGAAAUGUUGCAAGUUAGACGUCCUGGUCCACGUAUCUACUGCCUAUGUGUCGGGGGAAAAGGGAGGGCUCAUCCAUGAGAAGCCGUACCGAAUGGGAGAGACACUGAAUGGGGCUUCUGGGCUGGACAUUGAUGCAGAGAGGGGAGUGGUUGAGGAAAGAUUGAAACAACUCCAAGGAGCAGCAGCCUCCGAUAAAGCCACUUCUAUAGCCAUGAAAGAGUUGGGGAUUAAAAGGGCAAAGAUAUAUGGGUGGCCAAAUACGUACGUGUUCACGAAGGCAAUGGCAGAAAUGCUAGUGGGGCAAUUGAAAGGAGACAUGCCCGUCGUCAUUUUGCGUCCCGCCAUUGUCACCAGCACUUACAAGGAGCCCUUCCCCGGAUGGGCUGAAGGAGUCAGGACCGUCGAUAGCUUAGCGCUUGGCUAUGGCACUGGAAGACUGACGUGCUUUCUCGGCGACCUGAAUGGAGUUGUUGAUGUGAUACCGGCGGACAUGGUGGUAAACUCGAUCAUUGUGGCGAUGGUGGCCCAUGCGAAUCAACGAUCCGACGGGAUCUACCAGAUGGGGUCAUCCUUGAGGAAUCCCGUGCGGUACGUGAACCUCCAGGAUUACGCCUUCCAUUACUUCACCGAGAACCCGUGGAUCAACAAGGAUGGGAAGCCCGUCAAGGUCGGGAAGGUGACCGUCUUAAAGAGCAUGGCCAGCUUCCACAGAUACAUGGCCAUCCGUUACACCCUUUGGCUAAAGGGACUAGAACUAGCGAAUGCAGCUCUUUGUCGAUCUUUCCAAGGCACGUAUACCGACCUUGAUCGGAAGAUCAAGUUCGUGAUGCGAUUGGUUGAACUCUAUAGGCCAUACUUGUUUUUCAAGGGCGUGUUUGAUGAUUCGAACACGGAGAAGCUACGGAUGGCAGCAAAGGAGAGCGGAGUGGAAACAGACAUCUUCUACUUCGACCCCAAUAGCAUCGACUGGGAAGACUACGUCACUAACAUCCAUAUCCCUGGAAUCGUCAAGCACGUCUUCAAAUGAAGCUCCUAAUACUAAACUUACAGUCGGGAUUAUUUCCAUUCAUUCUGGUAUAUAGUACCAGGCCCACAAGUGUUCCGAAAACUCCUUUCGACACCGUUAUUGCUAUAUGAUAUUGCUGCUUAGGAGAUCGUAAAUUGUUUUGAAUUCAUGUCCGUAGAGCGGCUUGUUCUGAUUCUAUUACGGCAGUACCACGGAUAUAUAUCCAUCUCACUGCCGGAAGCCCCAUUCUAUUGAAAGAUGUACAACAUUAUAAAUAUAUCUUCUUCCAUGAAA